GGGGAGUGAGGGGAGAGGCGCUGACUGGGCAGUCCAAAGAGGAGGGGGCCUUUUAUAGGCUCGCCCAGCGCCUGGUUUGCUGCACCGCGAGUGGCUGCGGUUAGCGAAGCAGCCCGCUACCUCGCGCCACUUCGCCACGACAAAUUUUCGCCUGUGCACUUGACAGCGAUCGUACUAAAAGCUCCCAGAGCGCGUUUUGCUUAGGGAGGAACAGGUAGGAGGCGCGGGCUGCCCCGUGCACGCUUGCAGCUCUGGAAGGAGUCUCCACGACUUGGUUGGCUGUCCUUUCUGGUAGCUGCCUGUUGUCCCGGGCGUUGGUUUGUGGGCUACAAGGGGACAGUGCCUGCCGUGGGAGCCGGGCUAAGUCCCAUCUCAGAGCGCGGCUGUGCGCGGCUGUGCGCAGCCCGGCGCCAUGCUUCUGCUGGGCAUCUCAAUCUUGGCUCUUGCCUGGCGACCUGCUGGCAGCUCCGAGCCGGAGUGGGAGGUGGUCGUUCCAAUCCGACGGGACCCGGACAUCAAUGGCCGCCACUACUACAGGAGGGGUACGGAGGACUCCGGGGAUCAGGGUCUCAUUUUUCAGAUCACAGCUUUCCAGCAGGACUUUUACCUACACCUGACGCCGGAUGCCCAGUUCCUGGCUCCCGCCUUCGCUACUGAGUAUCUAGGUGUCCCCUUCCAGAGGCUCACCGGCAGCUCUCUAGACCUGCGACACUGCUUCUAUUCCGGGUACGUGAACGCGGAGCCAGACUCCUUUGCUGCUGUGAGCCUGUGCGGGGGUCUCCGCGGAGCCUUCGGCUACCGAGGCGCGGAGUAUGUCAUUAGCCCUUUGCCCAACGCCAGCGCGCAGGCGGCGCAGCGUCACAGCCAGGGCGCACACCUUCUCCAGCGCCGGGGUGCUCCGGUAGGGCCUUCCGGAGACCCUACCUCUCGCUGCGGGGUGGCCUGGGGCUGGAACCCCGCCAUUCUGAGGGCCCUGGACCCUUACAAGCCACGGCGGACGGGCGUGGGGGAGAGCCACAGUCGGCGCAGGUCUGGGCGCGCCAAGCGCUUCGUGUCUAUCCCACGGUACGUGGAGACACUGGUGGUGGCGGACGAGUCAAUGGUCAAGUUUCACGGCGCGGACUUGGAACAUUAUCUGCUGACGCUGCUGGCCACGGCGGCGCGACUCUACCGCCACCCCAGCAUCCUCAACCCCAUCAACAUCGUUGUGGUCAAGGUGUUACUCCUAGGAGACCGCGACACCGGGCCCAAGGUCACAGGCAACGCUGCCCUGACUCUGCGCAACUUCUGUGCCUGGCAGAAAAAGCUGAACAAAGUGAGCGACAAGCACCCUGAGUACUGGGACACAGCCAUCCUCUUCACCAGACAGGACCUCUGUGGGGCUACCACCUGUGACACCUUGGGCAUGGCUGAUGUGGGUACCAUGUGUGAUCCCAAGAGAAGCUGCUCUGUCAUCGAGGACGAUGGGCUUCCGUCGGCCUUCACCACUGCCCAUGAGCUGGGCCAUGUGUUCAACAUGCCUCAUGACAAUGUGAAAGUAUGCGAGGAGGUGUUUGGGAAGCUCAGAGCCAACCACAUGAUGUCUCCGACACUCAUCCAAAUUGAUCGUGCCAACCCCUGGUCAGCCUGCAGCGCUGCUAUCAUCACUGACUUCCUGGACAGUGGGCACGGUGACUGCCUCCUGGACCAGCCCAGCAAGCCCAUCUCCCUGCCCGAGGACCUGCCAGGCACAAGCUACAGUUUGAGCCAACAGUGCGAGCUGGCCUUUGGGGUGGGCUCUAAGCCCUGCCCUUAUAUGCAGUACUGUACAAAGCUGUGGUGCACAGGCAAGGCCAAGGGCCAGAUGGUGUGCCAGACCCGCCACUUCCCUUGGGCAGAUGGCACCAGCUGUGGUGAGGGCAAGUUCUGCCUCAAGGGGGCCUGCGUGGAGAGACACAACCCAAACAAGUACCGGGUGGACGGCUCUUGGGCCAAGUGGGAAGCAUACGGCCCCUGCUCUCGCACCUGCGGUGGGGGCGUGCAGCUGGCCCGGAGGCAGUGCAGCAACCCUACCCCUGCCAACGGCGGGAAGUACUGCGAGGGAGUGAGAGUGAAAUACCGAUCCUGCAACCUGGAGCCCUGCCCCAGCUCAGCCUCUGGCAAGAGCUUCCGGGAGGAGCAAUGUGAGGCUUUCAAUGGCUACAAUCACAGCACCAACCGGCUCACCUUAGCUGUAGCAUGGGUACCCAAGUACUCAGGCGUAUCACCCCGGGACAAAUGCAAGCUCAUCUGCCGAGCCAAUGGCACUGGCUACUUCUAUGUGCUAGCACCUAAGGUGGUGGAUGGUACGCUGUGUACUCCCGACUCCACCUCGGUCUGUGUCCAAGGCAAGUGCAUCAAGGCUGGCUGCGACGGGAACCUGGGCUCCAAGAAGAAGUUUGACAAAUGUGGGGUGUGUGGCGGAGACAACAAGAGCUGCAAGAGGGUCACAGGGCUUUUCACCAAGCCUAUGCACGGUUACAAUUUUGUAGUGGCCAUCCCUGCAGGGGCCUCCAGCAUUGACAUCCGCCAGCGUGGCUACAAGGGGCUCAUUGGGGAUGACAACUACCUGGCCCUGAAGAAUAGCCAAGGCAAAUACCUGCUCAACGGACACUUUGUGGUAUCUGCUGUAGAGCGGGACCUGGUGGUAAAGGGCAGCCUGCUCCGGUACAGUGGUACUGGCACUGCGGUAGAGAGCCUACAGGCUUCUCGUCCCAUCCUGGAGCCGCUGACCGUGGAGGUCCUGUCGGUGGGGAAGAUGACGCCACCCCGGGUGCGUUACUCCUUCUAUCUGCCCAAAGAGCCUCGGGAGGACAAGUCCCCUCGCCCCAAGGACCCCCGGGGUUCCCCAGUGCUGCGCAACAGUGUUCUCAGCCUUUCCAACCAAGUAGAGCAGCCAGACAACAGGCCACCUGCACGCUGGGUGGCAGGCAGCUGGGGGCCUUGCUCAGUAAGCUGUGGCAGUGGCCUACAGAAGCGAGCAGUGGACUGUCGGGGCUCCCUGGAGCAGCGAGGAACCUCUGCUUGCGAAGCCGCGCAUCGGCCAGUGGAGAAACGAGCCUGUGGGGAACCCUGUCCAACCUGGGAGCUUGGCAACUGGUCGCCUUGUUCUAAGAGCUGUGGCCGAGGAUUUAAAAGGCGUCCGCUCAAGUGUGUAGGUCACGGAGGGAGGCUGCUGGCUCGGGACCAGUGUGACCUACGGCGCAAGCCCCAGGAAUUAGACUUCUGUGUCUUGCGGCCCUGCUGAGGGGGACUGUCUCUUCCACUCCUUUAUUCUCCACCCACUGUUGUGCUGGUGCUGCGGUCAGCUGGAGCAGAGGAUGGCGGUCAGUGGCCUGUGUCACAGUGUCACUCAAAUCCAGAACAAGGACCAUGGGUCUGGGCGAGAGGUUCCUUCCUCCUUGGACUGGGCAGGGGGAAGCUAACUAAUGCACAGUCUACCUCAUGCCCUGCUCCUCGGGGCCCAGUUGUGGGGAGAGGCUUCAACAGAUGGGUGCUGGGCAGAAGGUGCUGAAGCCCAGCUUCCAGGAACCUGGAAGUUGGGUGCCUUCCAGGCAGAACAUCAGGGACCUUGGCCCCCCUAACGGAGGCCACAGGCUGCUGGAAGAGCCAUGGCCUGCAGCUUGGCACCCUCAGGUGAUCCCAGGAGCUUUGACAUAUCCCUGAACAAGGCAGGGUUCUCACGGUGCUUUCAACCCUCUUUCUUUCUGACUGAUGUGGACCUAACAGUAAAAUUGUUCAGGUGUCACUAGAAGCCAAAGGGACAAGGAGAUGGGGUUCAUUUGGGUGCAACUUCCCUGUCUGGGAAAAGGUGGAUAUGUACAGGGAGUUCCAUGUUUGCUCUUCUUCCAUCGUGGCCCCCCUUGAACAACCAGCACCUUGGAACCCGGAUGGCCAGGGCAUUAGAUCUGUGGAGGCAGCACUGAUGUGGCCCCUGAGGCUUUGUAGGCAGCCAGGGAAACUGCAGGGACCUCUUCUUGGUCAAGAGAGCAACUAUGGCAAACAGAGGCUGCCACUUAAAAGGGGAGAUGAUUUGAUGGCUGAAGCAGGGAACACGAGAGAUCUAGAAGGUUCUGCUCACACUGGGGUGAGGAUGGGUAGGUGCUGAGCUGUGGGAUCUGACUUUAGGGAUGUCACUCUGGGCUGGGGGAAAAGGAGUUCUCAUGAUGAAGACACUGCAUGGCCCCAGGGAACUUCCACAGUGACCAUAGCCCUGUACCCACCGAGGGAGGAGUGGGUGUGCCUGGGAGGGUGAGAUGCUGAACACCACCUGCUGACAAGUCAGUCUUCUUCCCUGGCACCUCCUGCUGUCUCCUGUGGGCAUGCUACAUCACAUCUCCAAGUCUUCACCUUUCUUGUAGGUAAAUGGGGUUCAUUGUUUGCUACCUCAGAUCAUGCUCUCUAGGACAGAAGUAACGUGAUGCUUCCACCAUACUCAGUUAUCAUCAUCGUAGCUGGAGCUGCCCAGCCACAGAGCUGAGUGUGUGCGUGGAUUCCUGUUUCUCACAGCCUGGCUAUCUGCUCUGCUGGAGCUCAAAAUAUGAAGACAGAAUGGGGUGGAGUGUCUUUUUCUUCAGGUUCCUUGGGACCAGGUUUUAGGAAACACCAAGAAUCAAUGCUCUGACCUAGGGACUCUUGGAAGCCACCAUCAGAACUACUGGAGACCCAUCUGUCAUUCUUGUAGACGUGUCAGGGAAAUAGAAAUCCAGGUAUUUCUUACAGUAGGGUAUCUCUUGAAGACCCAGAAGCUCCAGUGUAUAUAGGGCAUCUUCAAAGAAUAGGCAUCGUGUCCAGGGUCUCAAAGGAGGACUUGAUGGAGAGAAGACCAAAACCCUUGUCUUCACUGUGGGGGAGAGGAACCAAUGUCAGUUCUUUUACAUGUCCCCUGGUAGUCAAAAUCUACAUACUGGCCAGAGGCCAGUUUAGCCUCUAGGACAGUGGUUCUCAACCUGCAGGUUGCAACCCCUUUGAGGGUAGAGUGACCUUUUCACAGAGGUUACAUAUCAGAUAUCCCGCAUAUCAGAUAUUUACAUUAUGAUUCAUAAUAGUAGCAAAAUUACAGCUUUGAAGUAACAAUGAAAAUAAUUUUAUGGUUAGGGGGAGGUUACAACAUGAGGAACUGUAUUAAAGGGUCACAGCAUUAGGAAGGUGGAGAACCACUACUCUAGGGUGUUAUUCUAACGCUGGUUGAUCUCCGGGCUGGAGACCUUGGGUAGAGCUCCUACAGCAGGUGAAGGGCAUGCAACCCUCUGAGGCUGGGCUGCAGUCACCAUCGAAGGAGAGUGUGAGGGGGAAGCAGGGAGCACUGCAGAGCUCUAACAACAAAAGGACCCCAGGGCCUGAGGCCAGCUGAUGACAGCGUGGCGCCCUGUGCUUGGUGCAUUCUAUAUCUACAAGUAGAGGUGGUGCUGGGCUGUGCAGACAGGGUUAGGGGUAGGGGCAGGUGGGAAGCAAGGUGACCGGCCUCGAACGGAGCAGUAUUGCUGUCAGCUAUUUUACAAAAUCUUUCAAGGAAGGAUGGCCACUCUUGUUCCUGACACAUGCCAGGUGUCCACACUCUUUUUUUUUCCCUGUCACAAUAGUUUUUAUUUUUGAUUUAUAAAUUUCUUCUUUUUUAAAAGAAGUAUGACGGAGACAACUUGGGAAGUUCGUCUUGCCUUUGAACAUUUUCUGUCAACCUGUGCUGAGCAGAGAUGAGGUCAAGGCACAGGUUUCUUGUGAUGGAAUAAGAAGUCCAAGUGAUGUCCCAUGACUGUGGAGAAGAACACUCUGGUGGCUCCAGGAACUUCUUCGCUGGAAUAUGGACCAGUAUGACUUCGGGUUUGGGAUCCCCUACCCUCUUUUGCCUAUUGUGUGCACUGAUUGGAGGAUUUAGACCCAAACACCCUCUUAUGGACUUGGCCAUGUUGGGGGAGGGGCUGGAAGGAGCCCAGCUUGGAAGUCAGCUGCUGGAGACUCUAGACACUGUUGUUGGUAGAGCCCCUUCCCCGUCUGGGCUUGCUUCUUUUGCAUUUUGUGUACUGCAGAAGGAUGAGAGGGUCUGGGGACUGGCUGAGCGUGUAUACUGUGUAUACAUGGGAGCUGGCUGCUGAGGUGACAGCAGCCUACUCCUAAUAAAGUUGGAUGUAU